AUGUUCACCAACUCGAGGCCGCUGCCAAAGUCAGCCACGGCGUCUUCAACACCCUCGCGACCCGUACCGACCAUCACCGUCAAGCCCAAGAUCUCGGUCGUCCCUCCACCCUCCUCACCUCUCUCGUCUAUCGCGUCUUCCUCCGCUUCUUCGCCUCCGAACGCGUUAAACGGAUCGUCGACAGCGUCAAAGAAGCCUCGCAUUCAGCUGACGACCAAGAAGGUGACGGUCGUCAAGUCGGCACCUCCCGCCUCGACUGCACCCGGCCAGCCGCGAAGCAUCAACAAAUACCCUGCGCCUCCGCCAAAGCCAAAGCCAAAGGAGAUGAAGGAGAAGUCGAAGAAGAAGAAGGGCAUGCUGCGAGGCUUGUCGAGCGAUGAGGACGACGAGGAGAGCGAGGACGAGCGGCCGCGGAAGAAGGUUAAGAAGGGGUCCUCCUCGUCCUUUGCGUCUUCUGCGAGUGGAAAGGGACGUUUGAAGGUCAACGGAGCGAAUGGAAGUCGCGCAGCAUCGCCUCUGCGGCAGCAGCACUCGUCGACCUCGAACGGCACCCUACGCUCUUCUUCGCCUCUCUCGUCUCUCCCUUCCACCUCAUCCGACGAGGAAGAAACAGAAUCAGAGUUGUCAAGCGUUGAUGAGGACUACUUCGCGAGGACAUUGAAGCGGGAAGACGGAGGAGCGAUUGCAGUGCGAGAUCCCAGUGCGAAGCCGCUGCCUGCAGGAGCUGUAGCGGAAGCGGGCAGGUCUGGAGAAUGGCUGGUGGUGAACAACCGAGGGGCCUACCGAGACUACUUUGUCGACUUGACCGACCCUGAGCGACCUACGACGCAGUGGGCGGGCAGCGACAUUCCGACAGUAGAGCUUGAGCUGCCUGGAGACGGCGCGAAAGAGAGGUUCGCUCUCCUCGCACCGAAGAGCGACGACGAGUACAACCCCAUUGAGGACGUGAUGAGCACUGUGCUCGCCGUCCUCGACCACUUCCUGACGCCCGAACAAGCGUCGCACUACUUCGGCCAUUCCCCCGGCAAGACGUCAUUCGGCGCCUUCCUCUACAACCGCUCGACCUCGAACUCUCGUUCCGGCACUCCCUCCGGCUUCAGUGUCCCCGACAAACUCGCCCCUCGAUCCUCGAGCACGACCAGUCUGGCGCCGUCACCCGCACCUUCCGGAGUAGCCGACUCCCCUCUCCCCUUCACUCUCGACUUUGCCCUUCUCGCCACCUCGACGCCUCCUCCCGCCCCAACUCCCGAGAUCGACCGCACGCCUCUUAUCCGCCAGCUCGAAAAGGCCCGAGCAAAGCGCGACGGACCCUCCUUCCUCGCCGCUCUCGCACGAUAUAACUCGACACUUUCGACGCUCAAAUCUGCAGGCUUGAUCAAGGCCAACAUCGCCGCGAUGAAGGGACUGAAGGAGAAGGUUUGGACGAAGGUCUUCCAGCAGUGCUACGAUCGGGCGGUGGGGCCCGGCAUCGAGGAUUUGAGGAAAUACGAGGCGUUUUCGGACAACGUCUAUGGCGAGCUUUUGCCCAAGUUCAUGAACCAGAUUUUCGACAAGACGCACCUCGGCCCCAACAGCGUCUUCGUCGACCUCGGUUCAGGCGUCGGUAACUGCGUCGUCCAAGCCGCUCUGGCCACUGGCGCCACCUCUUACGGCUUCGAAAACAUGCCCCACGCCUCUUCUCUCGCGCGGGACCAGCUCGCGGAAGCCGAGAAGCGGUCCAGGAUGUGGGGGCUCGGAGGAGGACCGAUGAAGGUCGUCGAGGCGGACUUUUGCGAGUGUCCCGAGGUCAUGCAGGUUCUGCGGACCGCGAGCGUGGUGUUGGUCAACAAUGAGGUUUUCACCUCGACGCUGAAUCAACGCCUCUCCUGGCUCUUCCUCGAACUCCCCGACACCUGCAAAAUCGUCUCCCUUAAGCCCUUCCUUCCUCCCAACUUCUCCCUCUCGGCACACAACGCCAACUCCCCUCUCGCGAUCAUUAACCAAGCUCCGGCUUUGCACUACGGUCCCGGUAGCGUGAGCUGGAAAGAGGGUGGAGGGAGUUUCUUUGUGAGUAGGGUGGAUAGGGCGAGGGUGCAGCGGUGGUUGGAGAGGGAGGGGAAGCGGGAGAAGGAGAAGGAGCGGAAGAGGGCUGAGAGGGGGAGUUCGAGGGGCAGCUCGGUCGCUAUGAGUCGGAAUGGGAGUGCGAUGGGCAAGUAG